AGAGCCGCUGAAGGAUAUCAGCUCAGGCGGAGGGAGAGAGGAGGGCACACGCGACAGAGGAGCGAGGCGUUGAGCACGGAGACGACGAAAGGGCGGAAAGAUGCGGUCGAAACACCUCCUAAAACCACGAAAAUGGCUCCAAAAUACGACACCGAGCGAGGCAGAUGACGGCGGGUAGACACGGCCUGAGAAAUGGGGAUUACCUGGAAGUUUAGCAAAUUACGUCAAAGAAUAAAAGGGAUCAUCUGAUCCAAGCGAAAUGGGGUUGACAUUUCACCCCCAUGGAGCCAUGAAUUGAAGGGUAUGGGAGAUUCGCACUGCUACAGGAAUUUGUAAGUAUCAUUUUCAAAAUAGAUUAAAUGGUUUCAGUAAAUUCUUUGCAUAUCUGUGCAUUGAGCUCUUCAAAUUUGUCGCAUUAAAUGUACUUUGGUUUUUACUAACCACUACUUAACGCAUACAUAACUGAAUAAAUAGUGUAUAUUUACACUUCUGUGUAUAUCAUUAUUACGAAAUGCAGCUUGUUUUUAUGUGCAUUAUCCAAAUUUCUUUUGACAAGUAGUAAUGACAGUUCUGCCCCCUAGUGUAUAAUGUGGCCAGUCACAGACGCAUCAAUAAAAAAAAAAAUUCUAAUGGUGCGUUCACACCAAACGCGCUGCGAAUAUUCGCAACGCUUUACUCACGUCAGUUUACUCGCCCGACAAGGUGUCUUCAUUCGCGAAAAGGGUGUGUGGCUUGUCUCCGUAAAAACAGUUAUAAUUUCCGCCAUCCAUCACGGAAGAAAUAACCACUAGUUCUGCUUUAUACUUGUUGUGGACAUCCCAUAAACGUCGGAACAUCUAACACCCUCGUGUCUGGGUUCAUAACAUCAUCCCUAGGCUCACACAACUCAGUGAAUUUCACCGACUAUGUCUCGAUUACUUCCGCUACCAGAGCAGCAGCAGCAGCCAGGUGGACGGAGUGUCUCAACGCUGAUUGGCUUUCGCAACUUCGUGAGUUGCGAAAGUUUUGCCAAAGUUUAAAUAUUUCAACUCUGGCGAAAAUUUCAUGCGCCCGGCGAAAUUCGCAACCAUUCGUGUCUGUGCAUUGACUUUGCAUGGGAUCUACUCACGCGAAAAAUUUAGUGAUCAAGAGGCAUUUCAUUGUUAGUUUUAAAAUGAUUAUGUAAGUGAGUGUUAAUGAUGGCCUUUUGACAAGCUAGCUAACCUUAAAAUCUUUGAUUAUUCUUUUUCAUAUCCCAUGAUAAAACCAAACGCAUUGCCCUCAAAUCAAUCAGUUAAAACACUGACAUUUUCAAACGGAACGUGGUUUCUUCACCCAAAGGUCAAUCAAUAGCUCAGUCAUUGGCAUGCUGGGCCUACGCUUAGCUCAAGACAGCAAAAAGCCGCUGAGUUGUGGCGCAAGCCAUUGAAAUUGGUGGGUUUUAGAUCACAUUUUGUGAAAAAGCCAUUAACCGUGGUUCCAAAUUUCAUGUAUCCGAUUGGCGGUGUGACGAGUAUUGACCUGCAAUCUUUUUGCUCCAGCAUCAUUUAUCCUUUUUAGAGUUUUACUCAAAUGAAAGAGUUGUUAAAAAAAAAACCACCGAGCCAGGGCGGAUAAAUGCUCUAAGUUAGCAAACUGGUGGCAUUUUGCCAAAGUAAUCGUAGAACAAGGAUUUGCUCAUUUGACGGUGAGAAACUUUUUAGCUUUCAACAUAGAAACCACAACAAUUUAUUGUGAUAAGAAGUGCAUCAUCAUGAAAUCUCUGGAACAAUACCCAUUAACAUUAAAGACCUACUCGUUCUGAUCAGUAUAGCAAAACAUUACACAUUAAAGCUAGAACAUUGAAUAUCUUUCUAUGAACAACAAUAAAACAAAUGAUAGAAGUUGCGCUGAGUCGAGAAAAAAGCAAAUUAUUUAGCUUCUCUCUUCAGAUUAAUUAAUUUUUCUUUAAGUUUCAUAAGUAGCUGUAGAACGGGUCAGGAGUCCUUAACGCAGAAGGAUUUUUUCUCAAAAAGAACAUUAAAUAAAACCAAACUAUACAGCUAGCAAUAUGAUUUUGUUGACUUGAGAAAAUUUAUUUUGGUCGAUUUGACAAUGUAAACAAAAAGGGUUUCCAUUUUGCAAUCAUUUGACCACUCUGAGAUGAGUUUCCUAAGAGCACAAAAAUGCACCAAAUGCACAAGAACUUCCAGCCUCCCUGAGUGACACGUUGGGUUCACGUCUGCACAAGCCUUUGUUAAAAAUGCAGGGUGCAAGAGCAGUGUCUCUAGAUAGUUGCAAAACCCCUAAAAAGAGUUUAUAGUAUUAAGACACAUAAUUCACAUUUCAUUGGUGAAGCAAUAAUGGUAAAAGUAAAAUGUUUGCUGUAUUUGGCCUCCCCCAUACAUUGUCAACCCCUAUUGGAUGCACAACCGUAGGCUUACAAUAAGUCUUGUUGGUAACUGAUCUCGACGGUUGCAGUAUUUUUGGUUUUAAUAGAAUCCAGGCUUCUGUUGAAAAGGAACAAUGGCUUGUAUUUUAAUACAAUUUCCAGCAAUAACAUUUGCUGUAGAGAACAUCAACUAUUAAUCUAUAGUUAUUAUUGAUUUUUUUUUUUUUCCUCACAUUCAAAUGAUUGUAUGCUGGAAAGCGUUGGUUUUUUCUGUCAUCUUUUGUCAGUUGUAAUUAACAUUUAAAAUCUAAAGACCCAAGCAUGUUGAGUAAUCCACUGAUUUGCUAUCUGUGUGAAUGUGAUGUGCGUUGAUACGGGUAUCAUUCAUUGUUUCUUAUCUUUUCCACAGCGGAGACAUGAAGACAUGGCGUGAAGAUUUUCGAAUUUUGAAGAAACAGAAGACAGCUCUACACCACUCCACUGGAUAUUGCUGAAGUGGAGACAGCGUUCGUUGUUUAACGUGAAGAUGGAAAAGGGAUUUGGCAGUUAGCCCAAAUUUGACAAGAUGAACCCUUUUUGUUUUUUACUGGACUAUGACACGUGGAUUUUUAUUUUUGCUGACAACAUGGACACUGGAACACUGUUGCUGGCUGUAUAGUGAACUUGAGAAUUUUUUUGGGGGGGGAACGCAAAAUCAGCAUUUGUACAUUUGAUUUUCAAAUAUUGUUUUUAAAUAAAGUGUAUGACCUCGUAUUUUUUCCCCUUGCUUUGUUUCAAUAACUACCUAUACAGAAAGUUGCAAUAGGAUAUUGAGCAUACUAUUUUGAUACUGUUUAAGUCCUUUGGCUCGGCUGUUGGUUUGAAUAUUUCCGCUAAUCGGCACAACAAAUAAAUUUGGUUAGCACUGACUUUGUUUCACUAGCGUUACUCAUCAAUGUCUGCUAAUUCAUAGACUAGCAUAAGUUCUUUCCGGUAGGCUUCGUACUCGGUUGAUAGUCUUGUUCUCUUAUUUAAGCGUUGUUGUACGAAGACAAUUUAUUACGCGAUUAGUGCUUGAAGAAAAGUUAGUUCCAAUCAGUCCCAAGUCUUUGCUUAACCCAUUAAAACAGUCGAAGAACACACAUUGUGUAAGGUAUUAGCAAGUAGCAACAAAGGAUUUGGCCUGAACAGAAAUGGUUUCCAAAGGCUUUCUAAAAUGGCUCCUGGUUGUCCUUCUUCCUGUCUGAGCAGGAAGUGAUGCAAUUGGUGCAACACAAAUUAUAUACUUUAAAGUCUCUCAGUAUUCGUACCUUUCUAUGAAGUUUGAAGUAAAGGUCUCAACCUCAGGUAUUGGUCUUUAAAUUACUUUAAAUUGAUAUAAAAGCAUAUUUUAAACAUAAUAAAAGGGGUGGGACUUAAACAUCACCUGAGUGUGUGGUAAAUGGAAAUAACGUCAAUCAAAGGGAAAGCUUUCAGAGCUAGGAAGGAGCUCUAGAUGGCGGCUGAGCCUUGGGAAGGGUGCCAUGGGCUUUCGUCAGACCGUUUCUCUCGGCCGUUUUUCGACGGAGACCACUCGAUUCUGACAACAAUUAAAUAGCUUUGAUCGUGCGAUCGACGUUUUACCGGGAUUUUGGGCUUUUUGCGUGUAUUUCCGGGCUGUUUCUUCGAGCUGAACGAGCCGUCUGCUGAACGAGCGCUGGUCGUUGUUUUCCAUACUGGCCGCCAUGGCGCGCCUCCAUUUUUAGUGUGCUGCUCGCCUCUGUCGCUCUGAGUCUGACAGCAGAUGCAGACUUUAAAGGCCUAAAAGCUUUUCGAUCCAAACGCUUUUUCUUUCUUAUUUAUUGGUUUAGUUAUUCUUUUUUUUGUUUAGUUUUUUUUACAGCUUGCUGCUUUUUUAUUCGAGUCGGAUAAAAACCCCGUGAUGCAGCUAACGUGAAUCUAAUAGUUCAUUUAUAGGUUACAACCUUUCUUCACAUUGAAUUGUUCUGUUUACAUUGUGUAGUUUAUAAUUAACUGAUUUUCUCAUCCUUAAAUGUUAUUUGUCUCACUCUUCAUGUGAUGACGCAGUUAUAAUUAAUUGCAUGCGGCUUGAUCCGUGUACUAUAUUGAAGGACGUACGUUCGCUAUUAUAGCAGCAUUUUUCAUAUUUCUUAGCUCUAUUUUAAAUUAGUAAUGUAAAUAAUAAUACUCCAAUCUUUCGAUUUAAUCCCCCUUUCUUAACUCGUGUCGCACCGCCUGUUUUUUCUUUUUUUUUGCUGCCACUUGAGCAAAGGCUAUUGGUGGGACUUUUAUGAUAGUUCAUGCUUGCUCUAACUUUUUGACAGUAAAUACCAGGACAAAAGAUCAUCCUAUCAAAGAUUAUCAGGAUACUACCAUGAUGAAGAAUAAAAGUAAAAAACAAGACGAUGAAGGAUCGACUCAAAGCAAUGCAUCAAGCAAUUCAGCCUCAGAGGAAUCCAACCGCUCAGCGUCGGAGUCGGGAAGUCAUUCAGAGAGCGAGCAUGGCAGUGAGAGGAGGAGAUCCCACAACUCUGAGUCAAACAGCUCCUCAGAGUCAGAGUGUCACUCGGAGUCAGAGAGCGAGUCUGCAGAGUCCAAAUCACAGCAAACCUCAGCAGAAGUGAAAGACAAGCCAGUUAGAAAGAAGGAGCGACUGGCAGACGUGAAGAAGAUGUGGGAUGAACAUCCAGAUGUGUAUGGAGUCCGGAGGUCAAAUCGUAGUAGACAGGAGCCGGCUCGUUUAAACAUCGGAGCUGGGGGCAGCAGUGACUCUGAGAGUGAAAGUCCCAAGAGAAAAACCUCCCGAGCUAAGAAAAAAGAAGAUAUCUGGAACUCAAAUGAUGAAGACGAGGAGGAGGAGGCUUCCGACAGUACAGACAGUGAGCAGGAAGAGAAAAAAGUUAGAUCCAGACGACUUCCUGCUAGAAGACCGCAGACCAAAUCAUCAACCAACAAAAAGCAACCGUCUCAAAAAAGCAGGAAGUCCAAGAAACAGGACUCAUCUGCUGAAGAAGAUGACGAUGACGAGGACGACGAUGACGACGACGAGGACGACGAUGACGACGACACUCCAAAGAGACAGACUCGAAGAAGGGGUGCAACAAAAGUCAAAAGUUAUAAAGAGGACCAACAUGACUUUGAAACCGACUCUGAUGACCUGAUUGAAAUGGUGGGGGAGGCAGGCGAGGAGCUGCAGGAUGAAGACAGUGAGACCAUUGAGAAGGUUAUGGACACCAGGACCGGCAAAAAAGGAGCCACCGGGGCUUCCACUACUGGGUAUUCUGUGCAAGAAAAUGGGGACCCGGGUGAAGGCUUUGACCCCGAGAACGAUGAAGGGGAGACUCACUAUCUGAUCAAGUGGAAGGGCUGGUCCUACAUCCACAACACGUGGGAGAGCAUGGACUCUCUGCUGCAGCAAAAGGUCAAGGGACUAAAGAAGCUGGACAACUACAAAAAGAAACAAGAAGAGCUCAAUUCAUGGUUGAACAGGGUGUCCCCUGAGGAUGUGGAAUUUCAUAACUGCCAACAGGAGCUCAUAUCUGACUUGAACAAGCAGUUUCAGAUUGUGGAGCGCAUUAUCGCAAUAAAAACAGCAAAGACACCAGCAUCCUCUGACUUCCCCUCUCAUAGUCACAAGACACCAUCCUCCAAUGAGCCAGAGUAUCUGUGCAAGUGGAUGGGCUUGCCCUAUUCAGAGUGCAGCUGGGAGGAUGGAGCUUUGAUUGGAAAGAAGUAUCAGCACUGCAUUGACAGCUUUAUGAACCGAAACUCCAGCAAAACCUUCCCCUCUAAAGACUGCAAGGUCUUAAAGCAAAGACCAAGGUUUGUUCCUCUGAAGAAACAACCAUCGUAUAUUGGAGAUGAUAACCUUCAACUGAGAGAUUAUCAGCUGGAUGGCUUGAACUGGUUGGCCCACUCCUGGUGCAGGUGCAAUAGUGUUAUUCUCGCUGAUGAGAUGGGGCUGGGAAAGACCAUCCAGACCAUCUCCUUCCUGUCGUACCUGUUUAAUCAGCAUCAGCUGUAUGGACCCUUCUUAGUGGUGGUCCCUCUGUCCACGCUCACCUCCUGGCAGAGGGAGUUCGACACCUGGGCUCCUCACAUGAACGUGGUGGUCUACCUCGGGGAUGUCAUGAGCAGGAAAUCGAUUCGUGACUACGAGUGGGUGAACCAUCAAACGAAAAGAAUCCGUUUCAGUGCACUAUUAACCACCUAUGAAAUUCUACUCAAAGACAAGGGGGUGCUUGGGAACAUCAACUGGGCGGUUAUGGGUGUGGAUGAAGCUCACAGGCUGAAGAAUGAUGACUCCCUGCUGUACAAAACAUUGAUGGAGUUCAGGUCUAACCACAGGCUCCUCAUUACUGGGACUCCGCUGCAGAACUCCCUCAAAGAGCUCUGGUCACUGUUGCACUUCCUCAUGCCUGACAAGUUUGAUUCCUGGGAGGAUUUUGACGAAGUACACGGGAAAGGAACGGAUAACGGUUAUCAGAGUCUCCACAAAGUCCUCGAGCCCUUCCUUCUGCGACGUGUUAAGAAAGACGUGGAGAAAUCGCUCCCAGCCAAAGUAGAACAGAUUCUCCGGGUAGACAUGACUGCACAGCAAAAACAAUUCUACAAGUGGAUUUUAACGAGGAAUUAUAGAGCUCUUUACAAAGGGCCCCGAGGCAGCUCCUCUGGCUUCCUGAACAUAGUUAUGGAGCUUAAAAAGUGCUGCAACCACAGUUUUCUCAUUAAACAGCCAGAAGAUGUAGACACUGAAACCCAACAGGAACACAUGCAGAGUGUCGUGAGGGGCAGUGGGAAGCUGGUGCUGCUGGACAAGCUGCUGACCAGACUCCGAGAAAGAGGCAACCGAGUCCUGAUCUUCUCCCAGAUGGUCAGGAUGUUGGACAUUCUGGCUGAAUACCUCGCCAAGAAUCGCUACCCAUUCCAGCGGCUGGACGGUUCCAUAAAGGGAGAAAUACGAAAGCAAGCACUCGACCACUUUAAUGCAGAAGGCUCAGAGGACUUCUGCUUCCUGUUGUCCACCAGAGCUGGAGGUUUAGGGAUAAAUUUGGCCUCGGCAGACACCGUCGUCAUCUUUGACUCUGACUGGAACCCUCAAAAUGAUCUGCAGGCACAAGCCAGGGCUCACAGGAUCGGCCAGAAGAAACAGGUGAAUAUUUAUCGACUGGUCACCAAAGGGACAGUGGAGGAGGACAUCAUUGAGAGGGCAAAGAAGAAGAUGGUCUUGGACCAUCUUGUCAUUCAGAGAAUGGACACCACCGGUCGGACUGUACUUGACAGCAACUCAGGAAACACAAAUUCAAACCCAUUCAACAAAGAAGAACUGACUGCCAUCCUCAAGUUUGGUGCAGAGGAGCUUUUCAAAGAGGCAGAAGGAGAGGAGUCUGAACCGCAGGAGAUGGAUAUCGAUGAGAUCUUGAGGUUGGCUGAAACAAGAGAAAGUGACCAGGGCUCAAGUGCUACGGAUGAACUUCUAUCUCAGUUUAAGGUUGCCAAUUUCUCAAGCAUGGAAGAGAGCGUUCCAGAGCUUGUGGAUAGGCCCAUACGGGAAUGGGAUGAUAUCAUCCCUGAAGAGCAGCGACGGAAAAUUGAGGAGGAGGAGAAGCAGCGGGAGAUGGAUGACAUCUUCAUGCUGCCCAGGAGCAGAAGCUCUAACAAGAGGGCUCAGGCAAAUGAUAGCGACAGUGAUGUGGGCUCCAAGCUGAAGAACCGCUCCUCAGGCUCUGAAAGUGAGACUGAUGAUAGUGAUGACGACAAGAGGCCAAAGAAGAGAGGCAGACCCAGAGCCCGCAAAAACCAUGUGGAGGGUUUCACUGAUGCAGAGAUCCGCAGGUUCAUUAAGGCAUACAAGAAAUUUGGAUCUCCACUCGAAAGGUUGGAGGCCAUCGCCCGAGACUCUGAGCUGGUUGACAAAUCCAUUGCAGACCUGAAGAGACUUGGUGAACUGAUUCACACUAGCUGUGUGACUGCAGUGCAGGAGCAUGAGGAGCACCUCAAAGAGAACCCAGUUGAAGCUAAAGGUCCUGGGAAGCGGCGAGGAAUUAACAUCAAGAUCUCGGGAGUGCAGGUCAACGCCAAGUCCAUCAUCCAGCACGAGGAAGAGUUUGAGCCCCUGCACAAAGUGGUGCCCUCCAAUCCUGCUGAGAGAAACAAGUUCAAUCUGACAUGCAGAGUCAAGAUAGCCCACUUUGACUUUGACUGGGAGCUGCAGGAUGACGUUCAGCUCUUGCUUGGUAUCUAUGAGCACGGCUUUGGCAACUGGGACCUGAUCAAGACGGAUCCUGACCUUAAACUCGCUGACAAGAUUCUCCCAGACGACCCAAGUAAGAAGCCUCAGGCCAAGCAGUUGCAGGCGAGAGCCGAGUAUCUUCUCAAGCUGCUGAAAAAAGAACAAGACAGCACAGACCUGUCUAAAACAGUGGAGGAGUCUGUUCCCCCAAAGGUUAAAGUGAAGAAGAGGAAGCCUCGAGUGAAAAAGGAGAACAAGAUUCUCAAGGAUGAGCAGGGCAACGACAUCUCCUCCCCCCGCCUGUCCGACAACCCGUCGGAGGAGGGCGAGGUCAAGGAUGAUGGAACGGAGAAGUCCCCUGCCAAGAAAAGACAAAAGAAAAAGGACAACAAAGAGAACAAAGAAAAACAGGGAACUCCUAAAAAGGAAAAGGACGGGGACAAAGAAAAAAAGGGUGCCAAGCCCAGAAAAGAAAAGGCUAAAGGAGUUAAAGGGAAGAAGACUGAAGGUCCAGUUCACAUAACGGCUGGGUCCGACCCCGUUCCCAUUGAAGGGAAGGAGGAUGAUGAACUUGACCAGGAUACUUUCAGUGUUUGUAAGGAGCGCAUGAGGCCGGUGAAAAAGGCCCUGAAGCAGCUGGAUAAACCAGACGAGGGUCUGUCUGACCAGGAGCAGCUCCAGCACACUCGCACAUGCCUACUGAAGAUUGGAGACCGAAUCACAGAGUGCCUUAAAGCCUACAGUGACCCUGAACAUGUCAAAAUAUGGCGGAGAAACCUCUGGAUUUUUGUGUCCAAGUUUACAGAGUUUGGUGCCAGGAAGCUUCACAAGCUUUACAAAAUGGCACAAAAGAAGCGAUCGCACGAGGAAGAGAAGGAGCAGAAGAAGAAGGAGGAUUCUGGAGGGAGGGGGAAAAACUUCCGACCAGAGUCCUGUGGUUCCAGUAGAGACUCCACGGGUACUCAGUCGUCCUCUAAACCCGGAUCUCACUCGACUCAGGCAGGCCCCCACGGGCACCACCGAGAGUCAUACAACUCGACUAAUAAGCGGCACUUUGGCAAUGAUGAUAGAGGAGACUGGCAGAGGGACCGUAAGUACAAUUACCCAAGUAACAGCAACCCGUCGUGGCAGGGAGACCGACAUCAUCCGUAUGAUCGCUACAAGGAUCACUAUGGCGAUCGACGACCACAUGGAGACUCGUACCGCAGCUCAGGCAGUUACCGCAACAACAGCCCCCCUCGAAAAAGGCCGUACGAGCAGUACGGCAACGACCGGGACCACCGGGGUCAAAGACCCUAUUAUGACAGGCAUUCAGAUCCCAAAAGGAGGCGUUCUGAUGAAUUCCGUACCAACUACCACCAGGGAAGAGAAGGCCCUCUACAGGACUUCCGGAGGAUGCCGGAGCAGAGGCCAACGGGUCCACCCGGGCCAGAGCACUAUAGCAGGCCCUUCCACCCCGACAAAGCUCCCCCGCUGCAGGACCCUCGCUCCCCGCAGACUCACAAGUCUCCCCAGGACUCUCGCUCUUCACCAGAGCGGCCUGCAGAGCCAAAUGCCACAGCAGAACCGAACUGGAACAACAGGAAAACAUAAAAGGAAGCCAAGGCUGCUGAUGGAGUCUGGACUUGCCAAUUAUAAGCUCACAGUUGGAAAGGAGAUCAACUCUCUUUACCAGCAAAACUACUUUGCUCUAUUCUCCCAGUGACACUUGCUGUGAAUGACGCCAUGAAGGAAGAAGUUUGUUUAUCUGUCAUCUUCAUGGUAAAAGAAAACUGAAACAAGCAUCUUUAUUUAAAUGAAUUGACUCAAAUCAGUCUACAUGGUAAGACUGAGAGGAGUGCUUAUGGAUGCUUAGUCCCGUGGACUAUUUUCUAAGGAGAAUUUAGGAUACAAGAACUGAUGACUGAUCUCAAUCCUAAAAGUGCCUGAAGGCUUUUGGCCUUUCUGAAUGGUAAAUGUUGGGAUUUUUCCCAAAGGAAGCAUGACAUGGACAUUAUUUAGCUGUAAGUAUUGCAAAUGAUGUCAUUAGAAGAUUUCAAUACGAAGCCAUGUGGAAUGUGUAACGUGUUCGUCAUCAUCUGCACCUCGAACAUGUAGCUGAAUCACCAUGUGGGUUAAAAUGGUGAUGUGUUGGCACGGCCUAAUUCUUCUGAAAUUUGAAUGACCAACGAAGCCAGUAUGUUUCCUCUAAACACUACAAGUCGUUUGAAAAUGUUUUUUAGCAAACUCGUAUGACUCGUGUACAAAUGAUCCUUAUUUCUGUACUUGUGUAGCUGUAUAAAUCAUUGCAAUCCUCUUGCUUUGUUCACUUUCCCUCUUGCUAGGCCCGAUGAAAUGGAAGCUUUGUAAGCAGUAUUUAUUGCAACAUAUUGUGCAAAGGCUGAUAACACUAUAACUUGGGACAAUCCUUUUUAUUUUUGAUGCCUUUCAGUAUUCUGGUGGCUAAGUAUGGUACAUCAGUGUAGUUUCAUUAAUUCAUCUUUCCACCCACAGUAUGUAAGUUCUCAAUGAUGUCUGAAAAUACUUUGUGAUAAAACAUUUUCUUUCCUUAUCUAUUGUUUGGUAAUGCUGUUGCCGGUAGGUUGUUUCAAGGUUAUCAGGGUUUUGCUGAUGACAUUUAAUUAUUUGUAUUACCUUCGGUCACCCUUUUCCUGUGCCAAACCUGCUCUGGUCCUCAACAGUUUUUUUUUUUUUUAAAUGCUUCUCCAUUUGUGCCUUAUUUAUGUGUGUAUUAUCAUACUGUAUAUUCAUGGACAGUACUGGGGCCUAAUACAGGCAGGGUGUAGUAUUACAGUGUCAUUUUAAGGAAAUUGCUCAAAGUGAACUGGUUAAGGGACCACUUAUUCUGGUAAUCGUCAUGCGGUUCCGUGGUUUCCAAAAAGUGUUGUCGAAUUUGAUGAGAAAAAGCUCAAUUUAAAGAAAUCCCGUGUGUUUCGCCCCGGGCACUUAGCGGACCUGUUGCAGUGAACAGCCAGCGUUAAGCAAGCGCCUGUUCCUGUAUCGAAAGUUCUUUAAGAAAGUCUAAUAGUUUAUAUUUGUGACAAAACCACUCUUCGUGAGAAAUGUGCUGUACAUAUGUUUGGACAUAUGUAAUAAACUUUGUUACACACUGAAAA